CAUCAUAGUUUUUUUUAUUUAAGGUAAUGAUUCAAAAAGAAUGUUAUUAUGUAACACUUGGACUAACUAAAACAGCCACCCCUGAAGAAAUAAAAAAAUAAUACAGAAAACUAGCAUUAUAAUGGCAUCCUGUAAAAUAUUCUAAUAUAAUUAUAGGAUAAAAAUCCAGAAAACAAAGAGAAAGCAUAAGAAAAGUUUAAACAAAUAGGAGAAGCUUAUUCAGUUCUAUUCGAUGUAGAAAAAAGAAAAAUUUAUGAUCAAUAUGGACAUGAAGGGUAGAAUAAAUUAUCUAGUAUUUUUAGCAUGUAGGAAUAAAUUCACUAACAUGAAGAUGAUGGGGAUUUUGCAUUUUUCUCAUUUGAUCCUUUUGAAAUUUUCAAUAAUUUCUUUUGUUCUGGAAAUCUUUUGUUUGGAUCAGAUGAUGAUGAUGAAUUUAUUUUUACCUAGAAUAGAAAAAAAAAUAAAUAGAAAAAAAAGAAUAGGAACUCUGUUUUUAGUUCUAUGAUAAACAAUUUCAUAGACACUCCUUUUUUUGAUAAUCAUUAGGGUGGAUUUUCAAAAUCAAUUUCAACAACCACAUAGUUUAUGUAAAGAAAAUGAAGUAUUUUUAGAAAUGGUAAAUAAGUUACAGUAACCAAGGAGACAAUUUAAAAAGGAGGCAAAACUACAGUUAUUGAAAAAAGAAAUGAAAAUGGCAAAAUAACUUAAUAAAAAUAUGAGAUUUAAGGUAAUUAAAGAAAACCAUAAUAAUUAUAAUAAUUUGAUAAUUAAAGAAGACCAUAAUUAUAAUUUGAACAAUAGAAAAAAAAGAAAAAAAAUAGAUAAUAUUGA